CGGACCUGAGCGCUGCCCGGCAGAGCCGCGCCUGGAUCGCUGGCGGCAAUGGCGGCCGGAGAGGUCCAGCAGGGCAGCUGUCUCCAGCAGUUGAACAACGGUGCAAACUUCAUGGAUCCCGGCUUCCAACAGAAACUGGAGGAUGAGAAAGAGCUUAUCCGUCGGGCCAUCCAGAAGGAGCUCAAGAUGAAGGAAGGGGCCGAAAACUUGCGGCGAGUGACCACCGACAAGAAGAACCUGGUGCACGUGGAGAAUGUGUUGAAAUCUUCCAACCGCAAGCUGGAGCGGUUGCACUGGGAACUCCAGGAACUCAAUGCUCGGAUUGUGGCCACUGAGAAAGAGAAGGAGAAGAUUCCAGAGGGAAAUGUGUCCCCUGACCCUUGCCUCUGGGAGAGGAGCCCAGACCCAGUGGCGAGGAGAAUAGAGGCUCUGAAGAAACAGCUCCACAUCGAGCUGAAGGUGAAGCAGGGAGCAGAGAACAUGAUCCAGAUGUAUUCUAGCGCCCCAAAGGAACGGAAACUGCUAGCCGCAGCUCAACAGAUGCUCCAGGACAGCAAGACCAAGGUUGAGUUGAUCCGGAUGCAGAUUGCGAAGGUGUCUCAGUCCGCAGGUGGCGCAGACAGUGCAGUGGAUCCAGCAGUAAGGAAUGGAGGCACGAUCAGCCUGCUGGACCUGCGCCUAGAGGAGCUCCGGCAUCGCCUGCGGAUUGAAGCUGCGGUGGCCGAAGGAGCCAAAAACGUGGUGAAGAUUCUGGGCAGCAGGCGGGUGCAGGACCGUAAAGUUUUGGCUGAGGCUCAGGCGUGCUUGCAAGAAUCUGCGCAGAAGAUCGACCUACUGCGCCUCUCUCUCGAGCAGCUUCUGGGCGAACUUUCUCCCGAUCACCCCAAGAGGGCGCUCAUCAAACAGGAGCUGGUGAACACUUUCUGUCUUGGUGCUCAGCAGGGCGGUGGGCAGCCAGUUGCCACUCUCAUCAAGCCCACGGCCAUUACGGGGAUGUUGGAAGUGCGAUUGAUGGGCUGCCAGGACCUGCUGGAAAGGGUCCCGGGCCGCUCUCGAGUGGCUAGCUCAACACCUGUCUUUGGGAGCCCCAGUGAUCUGAAGCCCUUGACUCGGACGUGGGCCGGCGUGAGCAUCCACGGCCGGGGGGCUGCUACAAAACCCAUUCGGAACGAGGAGCUGGGCAGUGAAGUUCUUGCUCUGCUCAAGGUGGACAACAAAGUGGUUGGGCAUACGAACUGGGGACCAGUGAACAACCAAGCCUGGGACCAAACCUUUGUCAUUGAACUGGAUCGAUCCCGAGAACUGGAGAUUUCUGUUUAUUGGCGUGACUGGAGAGAGCUGUGCGCGGUGAAAUACUUGCGCCUGGAUGACUUCCUUGAUAAUGAACGCCAUGGCAUGUGCCUCGCCCUUGAACCCCAAGGGAUGCUUUUUGCAGAGGUAACAUUCAGCAACCCUGUGAUUGAGAGGCGCUCUAAGCUGCAGCGCCAGAAACGCAUUUUCCCCAAACAAAAAGGGAAGGAGUUCCUCCGUGCCUCUCAGAUGAAUAUCAACAUUGCCACAUGGGGGCGUCUGAUGAUGAGCAUCUUACCACCUUGCAGUUCCCUGACCACCUUGAGCCCCCCCUUUCGGGCUUCCACACGCACGGAUCUCUCUUCCACAGUACCUUCUCAGAGCCAAACUGAGCCAGUGGCUGUGUUGGAUCGGACUUUGGAAGAAAGACCCCCCCAAAAUAUGUCUCCCAAAUGCAGCGACUGCCCAGUGCUUAAAUUGACAUUUGACAAUGAGCCGCCACCAAAACCGCCUCGCCUCUUCCUGGAACCUUCUCCCCCAAAACUGGAACGGAUUCCUGUGGAUUCUUUGCCUCUCAAAAAGCUGCACCUCGAAGAAAGGCCUCUUGGCUCGGAAACGGUGGGCCGGACUUCCUUGAGGAAGAAAACCGUCCAACUUGAGGACUUCUCUUGUCUCGCCAUGCUGGGACGAGGCCACUUUGGAAAGGUGUUGCUGGCACAGUACAAGGCAACAGGAAGGCUGUAUGCUAUCAAAGCCCUGAAGAAGCAUGAUAUCCUCAGCCGGGAUGAGAUGGAUAGCUUGAAUUGCGAGAAGCGAAUCUUUGAAGUGGUCAACUCUUCUGGCCACCCUUUCCUGGUGAACAUGUUCGCUUGCUUCCAGACACCCAGCCAUGCUUGUUUUGUGAUGGAAUACACCCCUGGGGGGGACCUCAUGAUGCGCAUUCAUUCUGAUGUCUUUCCGGAGCACGUGACACGGUUCUACUCUGCCUGUGUGGUCUUGGGCCUCCAGUUCCUACAUGACAAGAAGAUAAUUUACAGGGACCUAAAAUUGGAUAAUCUGCUCUUAGAUGUGCGAGGCUUUGUAAAGAUUGCCGAUUUUGGACUUUGUAAGGAAGGAAUGGGCUUUGGUGACCGGACCAGCACCUUCUGUGGCACCCCAGAGUUCCUGGCUCCAGAAGUGCUAACAGAUCCCUCGUAUACCCGGGCAGUAGACUGGUGGGGGCUGGGCGUGCUCAUUUUCGAGAUGCUUGUUGGUGAGUCUCCGUUUCCUGGUGACAACGAAGAGGAGGUUUUUGACAGCAUUGUUAAUGAAGAUGUCCGUUACCCACGAUUCCUUUCUACAGAAACGAUUUCCAUAAUCCGUAAGCUUCUCCGGAAGUGUCCAGAGCGGCGUCUUGGGGCAGGAGCAGCAGAUGCUGAGGAGAUUAAAAUUCAUCCAUUUUACACGGAGAUCGAUUGGGAUGCCCUGUUUGCCAAAGCUGUAAAGCCCCCAUUUGUGCCUACCUUGAGAGGGGCCACUGACAUCAGCAACUUCGACCAGGAGUUCACCUCUCAGAAGGCCAUCCUGACUCCACCUGAUGACCUCCCGGCCCUUACAUCAGAGGAGCAGGCCAUCUUCAAGGACUUUGACUUUGUCUCCCAACACCUCCUCGGGGUAUGACUUGGUAGGGCUGAAGGCCCACCUUCAUUGCUGCCAAAGGGAAGACUCUGACACGGGUUGAGCAUGGUGAAGUUUGCAGAAUGCACUAGACACACGUGAAGGUUUGUUGGGAAUGGCAUGAUAUUUUCCAGUACAGACGGGGAUGAAGUAUUUUUACCUGGAGAACUUCACCUUCUGCACAGCCGUCGGCAGAGACUGCUGGAAAAGCUGCGGGCAAUGAAAACCGGAUUCCGUUUGGAGCCCAGAGCUACUGCUGCUGUGACGGUAUUGUGGAGGAAAUAUGAGCCAUGGGUCACUUCUCCUCCUCCUGCACCUGUUGCCUAAAGUAGAACUUUGGAAACUCUCUCCCUUUGAUGGACCACCUCUCUGGAAGUUUGAUUUCGGGCAAGGAAGCACAAGACAUUGAAGCUUCCCUAUAUCUCACCAUGCCCCAGCCACCCCAAAUACAUACCCCUCCCCGCGUAAGCAAGAUCGAGAAAGAUCUAACAAGCUUUCUCAGGGAUUGAUGGUUGGCAUCAAUAAGGCUUUGCUUGCCUCUCCAAGCAGGGCUUGGGUUUGUUAUUGUGGUAUACUGUGGAUGAAGUUUUAAAAAACCAAGGUGGUGAAGGAUCUGUGGAAUAGAAGGUAAUCGCAUCUCUGAUGGGAUGUUUCCAAGAGAAAGGAGAACUCUUAGGGCAAUUCUCCGGAUGUGCAAAUGACUUAACGUGGUAGGCAGGUAAGGCGUACGUUGUGCUGCUGUUGAUGUUAGGAGCUGUUGCAGACUUGAUUUUCAGUGCCCAAGUCCACCACGGAGAAAAUUUUACCCAUGAACCCUUUCACACGUACACCAAACCAUGGGACUUCUGCCGCAAGUUUACAUUUGUAAAGAGAUUCAUUUGAAUCAGCCCUGGUGCUUGGUAAGGGAAAAGACUCUCAGUCUUUUGCUUAGUCAUAUAAUGAUUUUCUUAUGAAGAUUGUAUUAAAAUUUCACAGCGUUUGCUUAUGCAGUGGGGGGUUGCAGAGUUUCCACCGAUCCUAUAUUCUGCUUGGUAAGAGGGUAGCGUCCUUAAAUACUGUAUGAACACUUCGUAUUAUAUUUCUAAGGAUGUGCUAACAUCCAGCCUAUGGAGUUAUUCCCCUCUUUGUCAGUAAAAAUUUCACUGCAACGGAUGUUCUUUUUUUGUACUUUUUUCUGUGAAAUUUCUUUGCAGCUCUGACUGUGUAUGUUUAGUAAAAUGGAUGCUUUAUAUUAAAGAGAAAAUGAAAGGUUUGGUAAUGAAUGGGAAAAUGGCCAAAAUGGGUAGGUGUGGAGCAGAUGCAUGUA